AAAGAUGACGGUUCCAUCCCUUCCCUUCCCUUCCAAGUUUCUUCACCAAAAUAAAAGCAGCGGGCAACAUUGCCAUACCUGCAAACAUCCACGCACACCCAAGAAUUGGUUGGACUCCUGUCUAGUACUAGUAUACAGGAAGAUCAAAAGCUUUGCUCCAUAUAAACCGAGCGGAUUUCUCCGAAGAAAUAAGUAAAAAGAUAUUAAGUCUCCAUGGCGAUUGUAAAGGCAUGCACUUGUUCUUCCUGCAGCUCUGAGGAUUUCGCUGAUGCUUGUAAUGGAUGUCUUGUGGGAGAUACCUGUGUAUUUGGAGCAGAAGUGUAUGUAGAAAAUGAAAAUCAUUUUGGAGUUGGCGAGUGUUUGUCAACGUUGAAUACUAAAGAUGAGGGAUUCACUUGGAAAAUUGACAAUUUUUCCCUCUUGGACGAGGACGAGGAACUGAUUGAGUCAACAGUUUUCACUGCUGGUGGACUGAAUUGGUUGUUAUCGCUCUAUACAAAGGGGGAUUCAGAAAGUGAUGGUGAAAGCCUUUCGCUCCUUCUGGAUUUAGUGGAUCAUGAAGCCAUUCGAGGAGACUGGAAAACUUGUGCUCAGUUCAUGAUCCUAGUAAAAGACCAACUUAAUAACAAACAUUAUUCUCGAGCAGAUGUUGCGUGGUUUGAUGACCCAUUUGAUGGUUGGCGUUGCUCUAACUUCAUGCCGCUGAGAGAUCUUCAGCGCCCAUCAAGAGGUUUCCUCGUGAAUGAUACAUUAAUAAUUGAAUUCAAGCCAGUUGUUAUAUCCAACGUCAAGAAAUUCACUUGAACCUCCGUGUUCAUGUUUGUUGGUGUUUCGUAAUUACCUUGUCUAGCUAGAACCAUAUAAUGUUUGGCUUCAAAAGUAUUGUUAAUUAACUUUCUGUU